AUGGCGACUGGUCCAACCGCCAAUUCGAAUUUUGGGCUUAGGUUUCUUGCGGCUGAUUUUCUAGGCUGUGUUGGUGGAGAUGACGAAGCCUUGUCGAUGCGCAAAAUGGUUUCUCAGCGCUGGUCUUCCACAAGCCACCGUACCUUAGCGGUUGUUCUGCGCCGAAAGUUCGUGCUACCAUACGAGAUCCAGGAACACAAAUCACCCCGUUCGUUUGCCUCUCUUCUGCCCCCAUCGACUAGUGUCGUUAGUAGCGCCCUACCAGCUGCAAGGCACGAGACUACGGCGGCUGCGGGCGGUGCAUCGCAUAUCACGGCAUGGCAUGGAAAACGCGGGUGUCCCGCGUGCCGUGGAGCCGCUGGGCGGUCCAUUGAACACGAAAGGAAAUCCUCUCGCAAGUGGUACUCCGCCAGAAGUCAACCACUUUUGAUACCCCAUUACUGCCGUCCCCGUGACUGGCUCUUUACGACGGGGUUCAAAAAGAUUGCACUUGCCAGCGGCCCAGCACAUCGUAUUUCGGCCGGGUGA